AAUUGGUAAUGAACCUUAUUACGAUACUGUAACACAGAGUAGUAACACAGGAAUGGGUACACCGUACUCACACAGAGUCUCAGGAUUGAGCGAGGGUUCCGAAGAGGGCCAGGCAGGAGACGUAGUCGGGGUAGCGGAAGGUCCGGUAACCAGGAGAUCCAACACACGAUGCAAACAAACCAGCGAGGGACAGACGAAAGGAGAGUCGAAGCCAGGCAGGAAGUCGAGGAGCCAUUGCAGGGAUACACCAAACAGCCCAGGAGAGAGGCAGACAGAAACCAGGAGUUCCUCUCAAUUUUACUUCGGAGUCACGUGAGGGACCUCGUGAAGAACCCCGCCAGGACGCAUGCGUGUCAUUAUCGCCUCACGCUAUGCAACGAGUCAGCACGGGAGAGGACGUCUCACUCAAGCGGCAGUAUUUAAAAGCCGACAACAGCAGGUAAGGGACUCUGCGUUUUUCGACUUAUUUUUAGGUGAAAGAUGGACAGAGUAACGCGGAGAAAGGCUGCGAAGAAGCUGGAGGGGGAGAACUGCGGAGUUGCGGACAGCCAGCGGGAACAGCAGCAGCUGACGGCACGGGAAUCUUCUGAAUUGGAGUCAGCUGUGCCCGACUUCGCUCCCGCUACGGCGAAUUCCACUUCUCGGCCAGGCGGGAAAGCGAAGAGAAAGACCCCGCGAAUGCCGGACUCAGAUGAGUCGGACUUUGAGGAGCCGUGAGCGGCCAGUGCCCGUGAACACCGGGGCCGGAUCGAGCGGACGGGGCAGUACGAGCAGCCGGGAGCGGCUAGUGCCCAAGAGCACUGGAGCCGGUUUGACCGGCUGCAUGACGAGGAGCAGCCGCGAGCGGCCAGUGCCCGUGAGCACGGGGGCCGGUUAGAGCGGUUGCUCCAGGAGAUCCUCCAAAGUGGCAGACUCCGGGAGAGGGAGGCUAGCCACAGUGGGCACCCAAUAAGCCCCACAGCGGUACCCCCAGAGGGGCUGCAUAGUGUCUCCUCCUCGUCAGAGGAGAACACAGAGGAUCUGUUCUGGGUAGACUCUGAACGGGUCACAGAACCACAUACCCCCAGUAGCCCUGGGGUGAAAGAAGGCAUGCUGGAUAUGGUGAACCAAUUCUUCCAGCCAGACCUAACCAGGGAAGACCUGGAGCCCAAAAUUGCAGCCAGUGUGGACUAUUAGUCUAGUAACAAACUACAGACACAGGCUAUGUCUGACGCCAUUGCACGGCAUUUACCCCCAGGUAACUGCAAGGCAUUGCAAGUGCCUAGUGUUAACCAGUGUAUCUGGAGACAUAUGGGGACAGGUAUCCGCAAUACUGAUCUCAAAAUCCAAAACGUGCUCAAGGUAUUGACGGCGGGAAUCACAGCAUUUGCCCGAACUUUAACAGAAUCAGACAUGAACCAAGACCACAAGGAUGCACUGGCUCUACUGUGCAAUUUACAGUACGAACUCAAUUAUAUUCGGAAAAGUGCUAUACAACCUACAUUGGACCCAAAAUUUGCCGGCCUUUGCAAACCAGGCACCUCAAAACAGCCAAUGCUAUUGUUUGGAGGGGACUUGCCGAAACAAGUCAAACAACUCGACGAAGCAUCUAAAGCACUAGGGCUUAUAAAAGCAGCCACCAAGACAUACUUUGGGAAGAGAUACCAACCCUACGGACCUCCCAGAAGGGCAACAUAUAGCGCAGGGAGCGCUAAAACCAGGAGCACCCAACAGCGGUCUUUUUUAGGGCAUGGCCCAGGACGACCGCCCGGGAGAAAACGCUCAACAUCCUCCGAGAACAACAAGGAAGUAACUCAACCACCACUGGUAACCAUGGAGGUAGGUGGGUCUGGUUCCUCGAAAAUGAAUAAGAGCACUAAAGUUGGGGGAAGGUUACGGUAUUAUUUGCAUGCAUGGAAUGAAAUAACUCUAGACACUCACAUUCUAAGCAGUAUCCAGGGUUAUACAAUAGAGUUCAUACUAAAACAUAACCCUCCGGUACAACAUGCACCGAACUGAACAUUCGUGCUUACAGGCAUAGAAACAUCUAAAGCACAUACUGAACUACAACGACUACAUAAAAAAGGAGUAAUUGAACACACCAAACACGAACCACAGGAAUUUGUGUCCAAUAUUUUCAUAAAAAACAAGAAGGAUGGUGGUUGCCGCAUCAUCAUCGAUUUGACUACAUUAAACACAUUUGUACAAUA